AGCUUUAUAUGCCAAGUGUGAGCGACACCAAGAAGGUGCCUUUUCCUUAUUCCAGGGGAAAAAACAGCAAAGGAGUCCUCUCGGGUUGAUUUUUAUCAAUUUUUGGAAAUUUCACCUGCCAAGAUCCAUUCUUGACGGUUUUUACUCGAUCUGCAACUGGAAAAAUUCAAUCCCAGCUGGUAUUUUUGGAAUGAUAUUUUGGAUUGGUUGUUGGAAUGGCUGGAGAGGGUUGGAUUGAGCUCAAGUUCAGGCUUUUUGAUGGCACCGACAUCGGUCCUAACAAGUAUGAUGCUUCUUCAACGGUUGCGUCUCUCAAGGAAUCCAUACUUGCUCGGUGGCCCCAAGAUAAAGAACUUGCUCCAAAAACAAUAAAUGAUGUCAAGCUGAUUAAUGGGGGAAAAAUACUGGAGAACAAUAGGACGCUUGCUGAGUCUAGAGUAGCAGUUGGUGAACUUCCAGGUGGUGUAACCACUAUGCAUGUGGUUAUUCGGCCUCCCCUACCUGAUAAAAACAAUGAAAAACAAUUGGUGAAUGCUCCAAAGCAGAACAGAUGUGUAUGCAGUAUACUGUGAAUCUAAUUUUUAGCUUGAUCAUAUGUAUUCAUCAGCCACAGCAAGUUUAUUUAAAUGGCUGCAAAAAUUAUGUACACAAGUCUUUGCUGUUGCACGACGAGCUCCACAAUGAUGACUGGAGAUCAUUUUUUGGCACCCAUUGUUUCUUCCUUCCAAUGGUUGUCCUUCCUAGUUUGAAUCUUUCGGUUUCUGAAUGGUCAGUCUUCAAGCCAAUCAUGCAAGAUGAAUUGGAAAGGAUACAACAGAAAAAUGCAAGAUGACUUUUCUUGUGGAUUUUUAUGUCGUUUGUUAGUUAUUGUUGUUGUUGAUGUGUUUGUAAAUAUUGUGAAGGUUUUGCCAUGAACUAACUUCAUGUUAUGUUAUUUAUUGGUGUUAUGUCACUUGGACAAAUAAUUCACAUUUAACUCUCUCUCUCUCUCUC